UUAAAUCAUUCAUAAAUCAUGGGUGAAUUGUAGUCCCAUUGAAAGUUGGUCGUAGGAAAUUAUGUUGUAGGUGUUAGAUGCAUGGUGCGGUUAUGAUUGUUUGGAUGGAUCCAUGAAUUUGUAGUUUACGCUGUGGGGCAUGUACCGAAAUUGAAAAGAUAUAAUUUAAGCAAAUAAACAAAUUAAAUACUGGAUUAUACUUAUCAAAGCAUCAGAGUCGUGUGCGAAUCAAAUAGGAAGAUAACUUUUACGCACGAUUUAUCUACGAACAGAUAUCAACUACAGAGCCACCAUGGUGCAGUCAUUUGAUGAAUAUUGUGGGCAUUCACCGAUAUGGGACUCGAACCUGCUUCUGAACAGCUCCUACCCGCACUUCACCGAGUGUUUCCAGAACACUUUGCUAGUCUGGAUACCGUGCGCCAUAGUUUGGCUCGCCGUCCCGUUUUACAUCAACUUUGGUGUCUAUGGCAACGGAUCGUCACUUCCAGUGUCCUGUCUAAGCGUUUCUAAAACGUUUUGUUCCCUGUUGCUGUUCGUGUUGACAUGCGUUGAUCUACUGUACUCAAACAAAACUAAAACUCAAGGGCUCAACGACUUUACGGCAUUUUACGUCGCCGGAAGUGUUAAAGCAUCAACGUUUUUGCUGGUAGCGUCCAUGUUGCAACUGGAACGCCGCAAGGGACUGGGAACUUCCGGCGUGAUGUUCACGUUUUGGUUCCUGAUGUCUCUGGCGUCAAUCAUUCCGUUCUACACGCGCAUAAAAGAACAGCAAACUGGCGAUGGUUUCCGGUUUCCGCUAUUCUGCGCAUAUUUCGCGCUCAUUCUGAUCGAGCUUGUUCUCACCAGUUUUGUUGAGAAGGCAUCAACACGCGGGUACGAACCGAUCGGAAAGCCCCAAUGCCCGGAAGUGACUGCUUCGUUCCCAUCUCAACUCACGUUCGAAUGGAUCACUUCACUGAUUGUGAAGAUUUAUCGCUCAGGAAUUACUAACGAUGACAUAUGGCAACUACAUCCACGUGACCAGUCGGAUACGUUUAUUCCCGGCAUGCGACGCGAGUGGGAUAAGGAAGUUGAAAGAUGGCGCCAGAAACAAACGAAAAAGGCUGAACGCUUGCACGAGGAGACGAGUUUUAUUAGCAGCGAGCGACAGCCACUACUUGCGUCCUCGGCAUCAAACAGUUACAAGUAUGAAAGUAACUCCAUCAACAGCACCACUUCAGGUGAUAGCAAGGACAGGAAAGAGGGAGGGAAAGCGGAGGAGAAGACAAAAUCAAAGGGUGGUCCGUCUCUGCUGAAGGUCAUUGUCAAAUGUUUUGGGGGCGCAAUGCUGAAAGGCUGGGCGUGCAAACUCAUCUAUGACGGUCUGCAGUUCGUGAGCCCUAUGAUACUGAAUCUACUCAUCGGUUACGUGCAAACGAAGGACUCGCUCGUCUGGAAGGGAUACGUCUUCGCGGCCGCCUUGUUUGUGGUCGCUAUGACGCAGUCGGUUUUCUUCCAUCAGAACUGGCACAUAGGCAUGACUGCCGGAAUGAGGAUCAAGUCGGCCCUAAUUACUGCAGUCUAUAACAAGGCUCUUACGAUGACAAGCGAUGCCAGAACAAAGUCUACUGUCGGUGAAAUAGUCAACUUGAUGUCUGUGGAUUGCCAAAGGUUGCAAGACAUUACAGGUUAUCUCUGGAUGCUGUGGUCGGCGCCGCUGCAGAUCGUGUUGGCCAUGGUGCUUCUGUGGAACACGCUGGGUCCCUCCGUGCUGGCAGGCCUUGGCGUGCUCGUGCUGCUCAUACCCGUGAACGCCGUCAUCGCCGCCAAAACGCGAAAGUACCAGGUGGAGCAGAUGAAGCUCAAAGACGCAAGGAUCAAGCUGAUGAACGAGGUGCUCAAUGGUAUCAAGGUGUUGAAGCUGUACGCGUGGGAGGAGUCCUUCGAACGGAAGGUUCGGGAGGUUCGGGCCAAGGAGCUUAACGUAACCAAGAAGGCCGCCUAUCUGGGCGCCGUCAGCACGUUCUUCUGGUCCUCCGCGCCUUUUCUGGUGACGCUAGCAACGUUUGCCACGUACAUCCUGAUAGAUAGCAACAAUCAGCUCGACGCACAGAAGGCAUUCGUGUCCCUAUCGCUCUUCAACAUCCUCCGCUUCCCUAUCAACCUGCUGCCUAUGGUCAUUUCUUACGUCGUCAUGGGCAACGUUUCUAUUGGGCGUAUCGGUCGCUUUCUGCAAAAUGAAGAUCUAGACCCUAACAACGUCCAGCGCCCUGACAUCUCUGAUCACGCGCUCAGUAUUGAGAAUGGAACGUUCACUUGGUCCAAGACUGCAAAACCUGUCCUCAACGAUAUCAACCUCGAGAUAUCCGACGGCAAGCUCGUGGCGGUGGUCGGUCAGGUCGGCGCCGGCAAGUCCUCGCUCAUCUCUGCCUUCUUGGGAGAGAUGGAAAAACGGGCUGGCCGCGUCGUUGUGAAGGGCCGGGUGGCGUACGUUCCGCAGCAGGCCUGGAUACAGAACGCCACCGUUCGGGACAAUAUCCUAUUUGGAACGGAAGUGGAUCAGAACAAGUAUCAGCAAGUGAUCGAGGCAUGCGCAUUGGAACCGGAUCUGGAGAUUCUGCCGGGCGGCGAUUUAACUGAGAUUGGAGAAAAGGGUAUCAACCUGUCCGGUGGGCAGAAGCAGCGAGUUAGUCUGGCCAGGGCGGUGUACAACAACGCCGACGUGUAUCUGUUGGACGACCCGCUCAGUGCAGUCGAUUCGCAUGUCGGCAAACACAUCUUCAACAAGGUGGUAGGACCAAAGGGUCUUCUUAGAAACAAGACGCGCAUACUGGUCACUCACGGCGUUCACUGGCUGCCCCUUGUGGACACCAUAGUUGUGAUAAUCGACGGAAAGAUAUCCGAGCAGGGUUCAUACGAGACGCUUGUGUCACGCGACGGUGCCUUUGCGCAGUUCCUCAAGCAGUAUCUCACACAGGAGAACGACGAGGACGAGGAGGAUCCUGAAGUUCAGCGAAUUAAAAGCAAGAUCUUGGAGCGUAUUGAUUCGGUGACAUCUGGAACCGAUGCUACGGGAAAAUCGGAAGACGACGAAGUCGUAACAGCUCUGAGAAAUAGAAUAAAAUCGCCUGCAAAGCCGCCGCUGGCAAGAUCUAUAUCGUCGAUUGAAACGGUAACCGGUAAGGGACAGUGGAAAGAUGCCAAGGACCAAAAACAGAAAGACAAGCUUAUCGAAGCAGAGAAAGCUGAAACGGGAAAGGUGUCCUGGAAGGUGUAUUUGAAAUACUUAAGUGCGAUCGGCGCGUGUUACUCCGUCAUCAUUCUGGGCGCUUUCAUCUUGUAUCAAGUUGCGUCGAAUGGCUCUAAUAUAUGGCUAUCCGUAUGGACGGACGACAAGUACUUACAGAACAGAACGUACGUCAACGAGACGGAAUACAGGGACAAAAACUACAUGUACCUCGGCGUAUACGGAGCGUUUGGGGUAGGACAAGCAUUCCUGGUUCUCGCCUAUGCGAUUUUUGCGGCGAUGAGGAUGAUUAACGCUGCCGGUGUGAUGCACAAUGCAAUGUUGUCGAACAUACUCAAACUGCCUAUGGUGUUCUUCGACACCACUCCCCUAGGCCGCGUUGUCAACAGAUUCUCCGGUGAUGUAGAGACAAUUGACAAUACACUUCCCUCAAAUAUGCGAAUGUUUUUGUUGACGUUUUUUGCCACGCUGAGCUCAUUCGUGGUGAUAAGCUACACAACACCGCUUUUCCUAGUAGCAUUGAUACCGAUAGCCGUUCUGUAUUAUUUAGUACAGCGUUUCUACAUCCCAACGUCACGUCAACUAAAACGUAUCGAGUCCACCACGAGAUCGCCUGUCUACAGUCACUUUGGAGAGAGUAUAGCAGGUGCAAGUACGAUCCGUGGCUACGGAUUUCAGCAACGUUUUAUCCAGGAAUCUAAAGACAGAGUGGACAAGAACAUGGUCUUCUACUUUGCAGGCAUAGCAUCUAAUAGAUGGUUGGGUUUCCGUCUAGAGUUUUUGGGUAACCUGAUCGUGUUUGCAGCUGCGAUAUUUGCCGUAGUUACACCUGACAACACUGGUGGAUUGGUGGGUCUUUCCGUCGCAUACGCAUUGCAGGUAACGGGUACUCUGAAUUUCCUCGUUCGUACCACCAGUGACGUUGAAACAAACGUCGUGUCUGUGGAGAGAGUUCGUGAAUACACUGAAGAACCCACUGAGGCCGAGUGGAGAGUAGAAAACAAACGUCCACCCGCAAAUUGGCCGGACCGAGGCAAUGUCCGCUUUAAUAACUACACCACUCGAUACAGGGAAGGACUGGACCUUGUACUCAAGGGCAUUUCUUGUGACAUCGUUGGAGGUGAACGGGUGGGUAUUGUUGGUCGCACCGGCGCCGGUAAGUCAUCCCUCACGGUGGCACUCUUUCGGCUGAUCGAGGCGGCGAGCGGAAGCAUCGUCAUUGACAGCCACAGGAUCUCGGACAUGGGGCUUCACGACCUCAGGUCAAAACUAACAAUUCUACCACAGGACCCAGUUUUGUUCUCAGGCACAUUGCGUAUGAAUCUAGACCCAUUCGAUGAGUACUCGGACGACAAAAUAUGGACGGCUCUAGAACAUGCGCAUUUAAAGACGUUUGUCUCCGGUCUGGAUGAUGGACUCCUUCACGAAUGUGGGGAGGGUGGUCAAAACCUCAGCGUUGGUCAGAGACAGCUGGUGUGCUUGGCCAGGACACUUCUCAGGAAAACCAAGAUCCUGGUGUUGGAUGAGGCAACAUCAGCGGUUGACAUGGAAACGGAUGACCUCAUUCAGAAAACCAUACGCGAGGAGUUCAAAGGCUGCACGAUUUUGACGAUCGCUCACAGACUCAACACUAUUCUGGAUUAUGACAAGAUCCUUGUUUUGGACCAAGGUCUCAUCAAAGAGUUUGAUACACCACAGAACUUACUGGCCGAUUCGUCUACAGUGUUCUACGGCAUGGCGAAAUCUGCAAACCUUAUAUGAUAGAAACGAAUUGUGUUUUGUAUUUUGUAGCCUUGGACGUGUGUGAUCUGCUCUACGACUGUGAUACUUUGACAACCGUUUAGCAUUAUGUCGGCGAUAAUCAUGAAAGACUGUGCCAUUAAGAUGUUUAUUGAUUUCCUGUAAUCAUAUUAGAGUGACUGCAUGUAUUAAUUUGGCUCCACAUGCAUAUACGACUACAAAGUCCAUUACCAUUAUCAUAUCAAGAGGGCGUUUCACCAAACGUUAUAGUUUUACAGUAACAGUUUCUUCCAAUUUAUUGCAACAAGUGAAACAGCCAUUCUGUUAAAACUUCGCCAGUCGCUGUGGGCAUUUUGUACGCGUUAACUGAUCCCGGUAUACUGUCUACAUGUUUAACGCAAAUGGCGACUAGUUGAUGCGUGUGCUCCUUAUUUUCUUGUAUAUCUAAUUUGUUUUCUGUAAACUGUAAAUGGGUUUUGAUAUUCAGAGUUUCUAGGCAGAAAUAAAUUUAUUUGAUUUACACAUAAUAUGGUAUGCGUUAAUUUAACCAAUUACACCUUUUAUAGGUUU